AUGGCAGACCGGAGUGAUUACUAUGCGAGAAGAGACGACGAAGAGGAAGAGGAAGAAGAUGCCCUUGAUGAGCAUGACUACAAGGCUCAGAAGGAUGCUCUCAUCUUCGCCAUUGACGUCAGCAAGUCAAUGCUCAAGCCUCCGCCCGAGUCCGACGACAAGAAGGCCGACAAGGAUCCGCCCGUGUAUGCUGCCCUAAAAUGUGCUUACCAGGUGAUGCAGCAGCGCAUCAUCUCCAACCCGAAAGACAUGAUGGCCAUCAUACUCUAUGACACCGAGGCCAAACCCAGUGAAGGCUUCUCCGCGUACGCCAAUUGCUACGUCUAUACCGAUCUCGAUGUCCCUGCAGCUGAAGACGUGAAGGCCUUGAAGAGCUUUGUCGAGGAUGGUGACGACGCUGAUGAGAUCUUGGUACCUUCGGAGAAGGAGGGCAGCCUUUACAACAUCCUUAGCCUAGCAAACACCCUCUUCACCACCAAGGCGCCCAACUUUGGAUCGAAGAGGCUCUUCAUCAUCACGGAUAAUGAUCAGCCUUUUUCUGAUAACGACAAGAAGACCAGAGAUCACGCGCUGACGCGCGCCAAGGACCUCUACGACCUUGGAGUCAAGGUUGAUGUUUUCCCAAUCACACGUGGAGAUGAAAAGUUUGACUUUGGCAAGUUCUACGAUGAUAUGAUCUAUCGUGAUCCGGUUGCCGAUGAGAUAACUCCCGGAAGAAUCACGGCAUCCAAGUCGGGUGAUGGUAUGACCUUGCUCAACUCGUUGGUCUCCAACAUCAGCUCCAGACAGACACCGAAAAGGGCGUAUUUCAGUAAUAUGGCAUUUGAGAUUGGGCCAGGAUUUACCAUUUCUGUCAAGGGGUUCAACAUCAUACAAAAGCAGGCGGCUGCAAGAAGCUGCUACGUUUGGCUUGAGGGUGAGAAGGCUCAGAUUGCUGUGGGUGAGAGCGCUCAUCUUGCCGCGGACAGCGCCAGAUCGGUGGAAAAAGUAGAGGUGAAGAAGGCCUACAAAUUUGGUGGGGAAUUCGUCCACUUCACCGAAGAGGAGCAGAAGUCUGUUAAACAGUUUGGCGGGCCCGUUAUCCGAAUCAUCGGCUUCAAGGAUCGGCCCCAGUUGAAGAUCUGGCAGUCGGUCAAGAAGUCCAUCUACAUCUUCCCCAGCGAAGUUGGCUACGUCGGGUCCACGCGUGUCUUCACAGCCCUGUGGCAGAAGCUGCUGAAAUCCAACAAAGUAGGCAUUGCGUGGCACAUUGCUCGGAAGAACGGCAAUCCCCAGCUCGUGGCUAUCAUACCCUCAAGGUCUCCUUCCGAUGAAAAGUCAGGCACGCCGUUUAUGCCCGCUGGCUUGUGGCUCUACCCCAUCCCGUUUGCCGACGACGUGCGUGAAGGUCCCGAGAAACCCGGAAUCAUGCGUACCACAGACGAACUGACCGACAAGAUGAACACUAUUGUCCGACAGCUGCAACUUCCGGCUGCCACGUACGAUCCUUCAAAGUAUCCCAACCCGGCUCUCCAGUGGCACUACAGGAUUUUACAAGCUCUUGCAUUGGAGGAGGAAGUUCCGGAGCAGCCAGUUGACCUGACUGUUCCCAAGUACCGUGCCAUUCACAAGCGGUGCGGUGGGUACAUAGAGGAGUGGGCCCAGGAAGCCGACGACGCAUUAGGCAAGGUGCAAGAGCAAAAGGCGAUCAAGCGAGACUUGGAUAACGAUGAUGAGGAUGAUGACGAUGAACCUCGGCCAGCGAAGAAAGCGAGAGCGCCGGCAGCCAAGCCGAGCUCGAAGGCAGCUGCAGGUGGUGUGAGCGACGCUGAGCUGUCCAAGAGAAGCGCUGCGGACACCUUGAAAAAACUGACGGUUGCCGAGCUCAAGGCCAUCAUGGGCGAGCGUGGCAUCGACACCAAGGGCCUGAAGAAGGACCUCGUCGACCGGCUCGAUGAGUGGAUUGAAGAAAACGUAUGA